UAGCCUACCACCAACGUUUAUAAACGUUAGCCGGUGUUUAUUCACAGCAUCGCCUGGCAUCGUGUUUGUGUCACUCCGUGAUAUUUUAUGGUUGUCCAAUCAACAAGUAACACGUGCAUUGUAUUUCUAAUCUGUGCUGGAUUAUUUAGUCGCUUUAGCUAGAUGCAGCAGCACUGUUGUUUUUUUUUGCUAUCGUGGUUUUUAACAUUUUAUCGGCACGCUUUUCCUCGACCUGUAGACUACAUGCUAAAAUGUAAUAUAGAAACAUCACCGCUCUGCCCCUACCACACUAGACAUGCUAGUAUUUAGUUAGCAACCUAGCCGUGUGAACGUUCGUGUUGGGCCGACGUUUACUAGCCGUCGAGCUAACGUUAGCCAGGCUACGUUGCCACAACAAUGGACGACUCUGGUAUCAAGAAACAGAACUGGGACGUGAAGGAGACGGAGUUAUUUCUGGAAAUCCUCAAGGAGCUGGACAUGAAGAAAUGCUUAGACGGGAGGAAAGUGAGGAAUAACAAACUCUUCAAGGUGGCACACAGGAGAAUGACAGCGGCCGGCUACCACAGAUCUGUGGACCAAUUAAAGUUUCGCUGGAAACUUCUUAAAAGUGCGUACUACAAGUGCAAGAGAGAACCCAACUCUCCGGCACCGACCAAAAUACAAGAUCAAAAUGGACCCUGAGAUGGACUCGCAGCUGAAGAUUGGUUUUAUUGGUGCAGGGAACAUGGCCUUCGGCAUCGCACAGGGCAUCUUGUCUGGAAAUGUUCUUCCUGUAAACGUCAAAGUGAGCGCACCAUCCUCCAGGAACCUGGGGCGCUUUCAGGAGCUCGGGAUUGCCGUCACUCACUCCAACAUAGAGGUGGUCUGUGGGUCGGAUGUGGUUUUUAUAGCAGUCAAACCUCACCUGGUUCCACAAGUUCUCAAUGAGAUCUCACUACACGUCACUGACCGACACAUUAUUGUGUCUGUUGCAGCUGGAGUAACACUGGCAACAUUGGAAGAGCUCCUGCCAGAGAAUUCCGUUGCCAUCAGGCUGAUGCCAAAUCUCCCAUGUUUGGUUCAGGAAGGGGCUCUCCUGUUUACAAGGGGAUCCCAUGCUAAACAGGAGGACGGAGCUAUUCUUCGCUCCUUGUUGCACCGAUGUGGUUUGGUGGAGGAGGGACCCGAGGCCUGGAUCGACAUCCACACUGGACUGAGCGGGAGCGGCGUUGCUUUCGUGUAUCUGUUUGCUGAAGCGUUGGCAGAAGGAGCUGUUAAAAUGGGAAUGCCAAGUGCUCUGGCACACAGCAUCGCAUCUCAAACUGUUCUGGGUGCUGGGAGAUUGUUACGUGAGUCCGGAAAGCAUCCGGCUCAGCUCCGCUCUGAGGUCUGCACCCCAGGUGGAACAACCAUCUACGGGCUUCACACCCUGGAACAGGGUGGUGUGAGGGCGGCGACCAUGAGCGCUGUGGAAUCCGCCACUGAGAGAGCCAGAGAGCUUGGCCGAAAGUCAGCAGCAGGAUCCAGUAAAUGAGGGCUGCUGUUUGCCUGAAAUAUCUACUCCAUGGACUUACUUCAAGCCUGACAACAAACAAACAAACUUUCUGGCUCAACUUCACUAUGGAACACAAAGACAAAGCAGCACUUGUCACUUUUAUUUAAUUUUUACCUUCAUUUUUUUCCCCUCCCUUAAACAACUGCAGUUUAUACUUGUUCUUUAUGUCUUUCACCAGAAGGAUUUGUUGUGAGCAAAAAGGAAAUCUUUGCUAAUAACAUUGAUGUAAGUGAAGUAAAUUAAUUGAUGUGAUUUAUUUUGAGAGAUUGGCUUCUUUUACAUGCACACCAAUAAUCCAGUAAUGCAAGCAACCAAAUUUGAUUACUCAAAUAUUUGUGGAUAUCGUAAUCACAAUAAGAUGCACACAAGGCCAUGUUAGCCUGUGAACUUGAAUACAGAAGGAAACACUGGUGUCAUAGAGUAACGUAGAGAGGGAGACUUCAGACAUUAAUCAAAUUAUACUCUGAAGCAUCGAUCAGUCCAAGAAGCAACUUAUAUAAUAAGGCCUUUCUAGUCAUGAUUGGGUUUAUGUGCAUGUAAUGUGGCGUACAUAAUGAAAAUAAAAUGUUUGGAUGUACUGGUAUUUAAUUCUAUUAAAAUAUAGUAUCUACAGGUGCUAUAUACGACAUUCAGAAAAUGAAUAUAGCAGCAAACUUGUGAGCUAACCCCCCAUUAACACUGUUGGCUUUGUCAACACUGUUGCUGUUUGCUUGUGAAGUCAGAGGUGAGAGCCGUGUGGAGGUUAUCCUGGCCCACACUGUGAAUCUUGUAUAUAGCACUAUUUUCAUAUUUGACCAAAUGAAGCAUAAAUCUCUAAAUGUAGGAUGAUUUAAGAAUGAUAAUGGCUGGUAGUUUUUUUUUUCUCCCAGUGUAGUUAACUGUUAGUAGCUAUCUUUGUGUAUAACACAAUGUUGAGAAAACUAUUCAUGAUCCAUGAUGCCGAGUGUAGAAUGGGUUUUCAUAAAGUGUCCUUUGAACUGGA